CGUCUCAUUUUCUGUCCCAUUUUUCUUAAAUUACAGAUUAGAGAUUGGGGGGAUCAGAGAUUCCGGGGAGCAGAGACAUGGAAAUUCGAAGGGCUGACAUUGACGCUGGAUCGGAUAGCGAUAGUAAUGGAAGUUAUUUCGAAUUGCAAAGGAACACAGUGCUGGAUGACCCGAAUAUCCUGCGCAUUGCGAUCAUGGCGGAUCCCGAGGUAACGCUCGGUUUUUUACUGGCAGGCGUUGGUUAUCAAAAGGACAGGUUCCGCAACUAUAUGAUGGUGGAAAGCGAAACAUUGCAGGAGGACGUAGAGCAGUUUUUUCUUACUGUGUACAGGAAGCCCCACAUAGGCAUCAUCAUUUUGGAUUACGACACGAACCUUCGACUUCGAACAGUUUUACAGCGAUGCAAUCAAAUGCUCCCCGUUCUGAUCACCGUGCCCAACAAGUCCUCACUGACCACCUAUCUGGACAAAAAGGACCGCAACAGAAGACUUCGCCAAAGGGAUGCCUACUAGGAUAUGAAAGAAUCAGGACUUAAACGGUAUAAACACCUCCCCCUCUACUCUUAAAGAAAAGUAUCACAAUAGAGCUUUGUGUACCAUAUGCACAGAAAUAUUUAUAAAUUUAUUUUUAAAUUUCAAAAAUUUUCAUAUUUAAAAACAGGAAUACUUAAGGAUAUAUAUAUAUGAAAAGUUUAAAACAUUUUAAAAUCAUCUAGACGUAUAAUAGGGCUAUAUUAUAGUUUUAAUCAAGGUAGCUAUGACUACAAUUGGAACAGAAUGGGAUAAUAAAUGCCUCUAACACAUAAA